AUGGCGACGGAGAAAGAACGAGACGCCGCAGAAUAUCUGAAAAGACACAGAAUAAUGGAGCUGUUGGAAAACCUGAGCAGUAUGCUGUUCUUCUACAGACCUGAGAACCCCACUCAGUUUCUUGUUGAGCAGCUGGAACAGCUAAAAAUUUCUCAAGAGAGCGGGGGUCAAGGGCCAAAUCUAUUCAACAACUCCAACCUGGACGCCGUCCUAGGGAUCCUGGACCCCUCCAAUAUAAAACACAUCACUUUUGCGCAAUACAAGCACGCUCUGACCACACUGGGCAUAGAGGACUUUGAUGAAUGUCCUGAAGGUGCUAAUGAAGACAGAAUAUCCUGUGAGACCUUUAAAACAGAAGCGAUGCAAGGCCUGCAGAGAAGCUCAGCAACAUAUGAACAACUGUGA